UUCCUCGACUAUUUUUUUCCCGAGAAAAGUGCAUUUUUUGUCCUGUAAGUUUACCCCUCUGGACAAUUUAGUCCUCUUCGAAUAGCCAUUUUGAGUUUCAUCCUCUAACUUUUAAAAAAGGUUGCACAUUCGUCCCCGACUCGCCGGAAACCGUUAAUUGCCCGGAAACACGCACGUGAUGGAAAUUAACGGCUCUUUCGGCCUACGUGGAGCCGGAUUUCACUCACGGACGACCUCAGUUACACGUGGCGGCCGAAAUCAAAAGAAAAAAAAAAUUUCACGUGUAUACACACGUGGAAAUGGAGGGAAAACAGAUGAAAAGCAGGAACAUGAACAGUCACUUCACUUCUCCCCACAAUCGCGUUCCCAAAUUCUCUGUGAAGAAAAAAACCCUCCAUCUACAUCGUUCUCAAAUUCUUUCUGAAAUUCCAAAGGUAAAAAAAUCGAAAGCUCAAAAUCAAGUAUUGAGAAGCAAGAAUCCAAAUGAUUCCUGAGAAGGUGUUCAUCCGGAAGAAGAUUCGUAUGCACAAUGGACCUCCCACAUACGAGAAGUCAAAACUGUGUCUUGAUACAUUGGGUUGUCUUACUGAUCUAUUUGGUUGUGUAGGAAAUAGAAGGUAUUAUUUCAACUCGGGUGCUACAUUUAACUUACUGAAAGAUGAUGCAACUUUAUGUAAUUGGGCUAAAUGUUUCUAUACUAAUAGAUUGAUGGACAUUCACAUUGAUCUAAUGGAUGAAGGUCAAUUUGUGCCUACUUCUAAGUAUGAUGAAGGUGGUUGGGUAGAAUUGGAGAAAAAUAAUGAGAGUGAAGCAGAGAGCAGUGAAACAAGUGAGAGCAGUGAAACAAGUGAGAGUGAAAUGAGUGAAAAAACAGAUAAUGAGGGUUGUGAAAAAAAUGAAGGCAAGGGUAGUGAAAAAAAUGAAGGCAAGGGUGCUGAGGUACCUGAUAGGGGUGAUGAUGGGUGUGAUAGUGAUGGGGGUGAUAGUGAUGGGGGUGAUGAGGGUAGUGAAACUAUAGACAGUGACUUUGAUCUUAGAUCAGAAAGUAGUUGUGGGAGGGAUGAUGCAGACUUUGAUCACAAUGUAGACAAAUCUGUGGAGUUUGAAAUUGAAUCUGAGUCUGAUAGUGGGGAAGAAGAUUUAAUUGAAACUCCACUUGAUUUUGAUGAGUUUUGUUCAGAUACUGAAACAGUUGAAAAGAGAGAAAUUUGGUUGUCUGAGAGGUACUUGAGCAAGUUUCAAGCUGAUCCCUCAAGAAAAGCAAAGAUUCAAAUGAAGAUGAAGAGGCAGCAGACAAGUUUGAAAUGUGGAAAAUGUGGCAAUGUGGGUCACAAUGCCAGAUCUUGUGGCAAGAAAAACCUUUCUGAUGCCAAGAAGGAUCAGAGCCCACUAGCUAAAGCAAGCCGGACAAUUUUGCAAAUUAAGAGGGCUAAUGCUGCAAGACAGGAGAAAGCAGCUAAGGCUACUGCAAAAAAGGCCAAAGAAAAUGAUAGGGAAGCAAAGAUACAGAAACAAGAAGGGCCAAGCAUGGCACCACCUGCUCCAUUUGUAGAAGAAACUGACUGGGAUGAUGAGGGCUUUGUGUCACAAUUGACACAAGAGUUUUGUGUAACUCCACAGCCUGAGAUGACAAAGGGACCCACACCCCUUGAACAACUGAAAAUGGGAUUAGGAGAUGAUUCAUACUUUAGAGGUAAGCAAUUGGAGGCCAUCACUGCAAGAGAUGGAACUCCAGCAAUGUUUGAAAGGAUUCAAAAUGACCUCUCUUUUGGUAGCUCAUCUCAUAAGUUGAAGCAGAUCAAAAAGGAGAAGGGAGAAAAUUCUACAAAGAAUUGA